AUGUCAGAUUACGAAGAAGAGGAUGAGAAAUGGGUACAGUGGUUCUGUAGUCUCUCAGGCAAUGAAUCCUUCUGCGAGGUGGCGCAGAGUUACAUCGAAGACUCGUUCAACCUCUAUGGUUUACGUGCCAUGGUGCGCAAUUAUCAAGACGCACUUAACAUUAUUCUCGAUAUGACGGACAUCCCAUACGAUGAUGAUGUACCAGCGUAUGCAGCCGAGCUCUACGGCCUGAUUCAUGCUCGAUAUAUCAUUACAGCUCAUGGAUUGGAUGCUAUGAUGAAGAAGUACCGAGAAGGUGACUUUGGAGUGUGUCCCCGAGCACUUUGUGACGGCCAUCCGGUUGUUCCAGCGGGACUUCACGAUGAAUGGAAGAAAUCAGAGAUGAAAGUGUACUGCCCCAAGUGCCGAGAUCUGUACACACCAGCGAGCGAGUACCAGACUCCUACAAUUGAUGGCGCAUAUUUCGGUACGACGUUCCCGCACCUGUUUUUCCUGACUUACAGAGAACUCGAGCCAGCUCCGUCUACAUUGUUGUAUGUGCCGCGGGUGUUUGGCUACAAAAUUUACAACAAAUCCGAGAACCGCCGACGCCUUGCAAUCCUUGCAAAAGAGGACGAGGAUGAAGACAAGACCCAGCAGCAGCGACGGACUCUGACAGGAGCCAGACGAAAGGGUGAAGCCAACUCUACUGCCGAAGCGUCAUCGUCGCGGAUAGAGACAAAGCUACAGCUUCAGCGGUCGCCAUUUGAUGCUGAAUGGCGAGAUGUGACGCAAUUGAUGAGUGUUGCAGCAAAGGAACUAAAAGUGGGACAAUUAAUGCAUGAAGAUGAUUUUAAACUCUUUGAUUCCAUGUCGGCAUUGGAACUUAUGGAUCCUAAAAUGGAUUCUGGAAUGCUCGUGAAUGGAGCACCUCCCCAAUCAAUUUCAGCUCGAUUGGAAAGUGGUGCUGUACCUCUUGAGUUUUUAUCAGCUCGUGACGUACUGGCUACAUUAGAUGAAUUAUUUUGCUGUGAGACGGGAUGGCUGAAUGGACUGCCAUUAGUGCAGACGUUACUUACAAGUGUGUACAUGCACAGAGACGUGCUGAAUGCUCUUUUUGCGCAGCUUGUAACGCCGUUGGAGAGUUUGGUAGCAAAUGAUGUGGAUGUACGGAGACUUGUAAAGGAUAAUGUGGGCAAAUCUGCAAAGGACUCGCUACGACUUGUCAUGUGUGCUGUGGUUUUGGCUACUUUGAAGACUGCAGAUCUGAUCCGUGAUGCUGUUCUACGUGCCGAUAUUUACGAGGAGGAAGAUUUUUCACCCGGAAAUGGGUUUAAUGCUGGUGUUCUGGCGCCGAUGUCUGUUAAAACUUUGAAUACGAUGCUUCAGGUGACACAUGAACGACUGGAGGUGCUGCUUGCGCAACAUAAGGCUGCUUUGUCAAAGAAGUCAUCAAAGAAGAAGCUCAGCAAAAAGACAAACAGGGAAGGUUCGAGCAGUACCGAAACUGCCAGCGCGUCUGGCUAUGAAUUGCUAUGUUCGAACGCUCGGGUUGGUGCCUUGAUGUGCGAAGCUUUUAUUCGACGAGUUCAGCUGCGAAGAGAGCUCCUUGCUGCCUAUGCGUGUCUAGGCUUAGCAGACGGAGCAUUGGAUUUACAGCGUGUCAGGAAAUGUUUUGAGCGUGCUUAUGAAUUGGUUGAAGGCAUGUCUACUGAACGGCUUGAGCUAGACCCGGAGUGUUUUACUGGAAAAUCCAUUGGCUUUGAUCCAAGCAUCAGUCGCUUGCUUCUAUCUGGAUCACCACCACGUGAUAUAAAGGUGCCCUUAAUUGACGAGACGCUCGGACAGAUGAAAAAGGUGCUGGAAGAAAUGGUGAUUGGUUGCUCUCCUCCUGACUGGAAUUGCAUGGAAGACCUGCGCAUUUUCUUGACUGAGUUUUCUAGGCAGCAACCCACAAUUGUUGUGCGAUCUUAUGUAUUGCUCUUUCUGUACGCUGACAGUAAAAUCUACGCCAAAUACAACUUCAUGGAUUGGCUGUCGGAAACUAUGGUAACGAAAGGGGUACCUUCUGUACUGCUGUCGACGCAGGAGGGCGUACUGUACUCGUCCCGGUGCAUUGAAACCGUGUAUGAGUCGCUCAAGGUGUUUUUACACAACCGAUCGCGACAGCGUGCGCGAAUUGAAGGUUUAUUGGAUGAGUGGAGCAUACUUCAGGCGGAAGCUACUGCCGUAGAUGAGAGGUUUACGACGGAGAUGAAGAUCCCGAAAGCUGCAUACCCGCGAUACUUUACUGCCUGGUCUCUCGAGGAAUCGGUGCAAUUGAUGGUUCAAUACGUGGUGCUGGGGUUAGAGAUGGAACUUUACGCGCCUUCAGAGCUUGGAACGGUCUACUGGUAUCUGGAUUACUUGGAAGGCUCACGUCUCCAAAAUUUGAACGUCACGUGGACUUUCGUACAGAAGCUGAAGGAAGUCAUGCCUCAGCGUCGUGGGCCACCGGCAAUGGAGCAGCUGAAAGAGGAGACUGUUACGCUUCCACCGCCACCACCAGCUGCAAUAAGUAAAUCGUCUAAGAGAUCGAAGACAAAGCACAAGAAACACCACAAUGGUAUUGCUACGGCCAUUUCAGAAUCUCGAGAUCCGAUAGGCAGGCCUACUGACACUACCAAGGCACGCUUUCUCCGCGAGAUCAAGUACACGGAGUUACUGCGUAGUCUAAUGCGUGCGUAUUUCCAGUUAUUUAAGGCACUGGAACGCGAAGGGCUGGUGGAGGUAAAGUCUCCCAUGUACAGUACAUUCACGAUUCGAUUCCAGCAUCGUUUUGCAGCUUUUCAGAAACUCCAUUACCCUGCUGCACUCACGUACGAGGACUUUAAUCAGACCAGCGACUUUUCUUCGUACGAACUGGACCUUAUUUACAGGUCAGCUGAGGAGUGUUUCAAGACAGCACGGACACAUGCAGAGGCAUUGCUGAGCAAUGAAGAAGGAAUCAAUACCAUCGGAACCACGCAUGGUGAAGGACUUGUCCGUGGUUUGGAGCUACAGUCGUUGCUGAAGGUGUCCAUUUCGAAUUGCGUUCGUCUUGCACAACGCAGCCAGAAUACAGGAGGAGGAAAUAAGAUGAAGAAGUCUUUACAAGAUGUCAAGACACAGAUGGAGUUUGAUUUUUCCAUCCAUCCACAUUUUCCCGUGAUGGUGUUCCCUUCACGUUAG